AGUGAGGUGUCUGGGAGGGCUUUUUUGUACUGGUGAGCCUGGGAAGGGAUUUGCAGCCUCAGUACCAUACAGCGAUCUCAGUACGGUGCGGACAGCGUUGGGUGGAGGCUGCUUCAUGGUGCUCCCAGUCCUACCUUUGUUUCAGGGAUCUCUGUAACGAGAAGGGAAGGAGCAUUUUAUCCCCGACUGCAGAAAGUGGAUACUAAAACCAUGUACCUUACAGGAAGCGCCCUGCUGAUGCUCCUAGCAGCUUUGCAGAUCUCUGCAGAGGGUGAAGACCCCUCACCCUGCAAAGCUGGGUUUACGAAGGACGUGUACCAUGCCGUGGUCGCAGAGAGGGUGUCCGAAGGCCAGCCAAUUAUAAGCGUGAGAUUUGUAGACUGCGGCAGAGGCGAACGCCUGCGGUAUGACAGCAACGACCCGGCCGACUUCCGAAUCGGGGAAGACGGAGUGGUCUAUGCCACAAGGAAUUUGCCUGUGCCUGGCACAUAUGCGAAGGUCCUGGUGAUCACCGUGCGGGACUCAGACACGCAGGACUUCUGGCAGACGCAUGUGAAGCUGACCCCCAGGAUGGAUGGAGCGCCGCAGCCCGGGACGCACGGAGGUGCAGUGGAAGGUCCCCAGCGACUCCGCCAGAUCGUGUUCCCGCCUCUGAGUGGCGCCCUGAAGCGAAUGAAGAGGGACUGGGUCAUCCCCCCCAUCAACGUGCCUGAGAACUCGCGGGGCCCAUUUCCCCAGGAGCUCGUCAGAAUCCGGUCUGACCACGAUAAGAGUCGUCUGCUGCGAUACAGUGUCACGGGACCCGGAGCCGACCAGCCCCCGACCGGAAUAUUCAUCAUUAAUCCCAUUUCGGGACAGCUGUCCGUGACUAAGCCCCUGGACCGUGAGCAGAUAUCAAACUUCCACCUGAGGGCACACGCCGUGGACCUGAAUGGGAACCAGGUGGAGAACCCCAUCGACAUUGUCAUCAAUGUGAUUGACAUGAACGACAACCGACCCGAGUUUGUCCACCAGAUCUGGAAUGGGACAGUCCCCGAGGGUUCCAAACCAGGCACCUUUGUGAUGACAGUAACGUCAGUCGACAAGGACGAUCCCAACACAUCCAAUGGGAUUUUACGGUACAAGAUCCUCUCCCAGAACCCAGAAACUCCCAGCCUCAACAUGUUUACCAUCAACAACAAGACGGGAGGAAUCAUCACAAUGGCAGCUGGACUCGACAGAGAGAAAGUUCCACAGUACACACUAAUAAUUCAGGCAACCGACAUGGAAGGAAACCCAACAUACGGCCUUUCUAACACCGCGACCGCUGUUAUCAGAGUCACAGAUGUCAAUGACAACCCUCCUGAGUUCACUGCUGAGACUUUUUACGGGGAAGUGCCUGAGAACCGAGUCAACGUCAUCGUCGCCAACCUGACCGUCACCGACAAAGACCAGCCCAGCACUGCCGCGUGGAACGCAGUGUAUAAGAUCACUGGAGGCGACGCCACGGGCAGGUUCUCUGUCCCCACAGACCCCACCACUAAUGAGGGCUUGGUUACUGUAGUCAAGCCUAUUGACUAUGAGACAAGCAGGACGUUUGUGCUAACUGUGGUGGCGGAAAAUGAGGUGCCCCUGGCCAGAGGCAUCCAUCUUCCUCGUCAGUCAACUGCAACUGUCUCCAUUAAAGUUAUUGAUGUGAAUGAGAGUCCUUAUUUCGAGCCGAAUCCCAAACUCAUGAGAAUGGAAGAAGGCUUGCCAGCAGAAUCGAUGUUAACAACCUUUACGGCCCAAGACCCUGACCGUUUUAUGCUGCAGACGAUCCGGUACUCCAAGCUGUCAGACCCCGCUGGUUGGUUGAAAAUCGACCCCAACAGCGGCCAUAUCUCUACAAUCGCCAUCCUCGAUAGAGAGUCGCCUUAUGUGAAAAAUAAUUUGUAUAAUGCGACGUUCCUGGCUUCUGACAACGGAAUCCCACCAGCUAGUGGUACCGGUACACUCCAGAUCCAGCUGCUGGACAUCAAUGACAACGCGCCUAGCGUGUUCCCCCAGGAGGCCGAAAUGUGCGACAGGCCUGAGCACACCGGCAUCAAUAUCACGGCUGUGGACGGCGACCUCAACCCCAACGCUGGGCCUUUCGCCUUUGAGCUCCCCAACAAGCCAUCAGAUGUGAAAAGGAACUGGACAAUAACUCGCCUGAGUGGCAACUACGCUCAACUAAGCCUGAAGAUCGGCUUCCUGGAGAGUGGGAUCUACGAGGUGCCUAUCACCAUCACAGACUCGGGGAACCUGCCCAUGUCCAACACGACCUUCCUGCGUGUCAAAGUGUGCCAGUGCGACCACAACGGCGAUUGCGUGGAUAUUGAGCGCAUCGUGGCUGCCGGACUGGGCACCGGGGCCAUCAUUGCCAUCCUGCUCUGCAUCAUCAUCCUGCUCAUCUUGGUGCUGCUGUUCGUCGUGUGGAUGAAGCGCCGUGACAAGGAGAGACAGGCCAAGCAGCUUCUCAUCGACCCAGAGGACGACGUGAGGGACAACAUCCUCAAGUACGACGAAGAGGGAGGCGGAGAGGAGGAUCAGGAUUACGACCUGAGCCAGCUCCAGCAGCCGGACACGGUGGAGCCAGACACCAUCAAGCCCGUCGGAAUCAGGCGGCUGGACGAGAGGCCGCUGCACCCUGAGCCGCAGUACCCAGUGAGAUCCGCAGCGCCACACCCUGGAGACAUCGGUGACUUCAUUAAUGAGGGACUUAAGGCCGCAGACACCGACCCAACAGCUCCACCCUACGACUCCCUGUUGGUGUUUGACUACGAGGGCAGUGGAUCUACAGCAGGCUCCUUGAGCUCCCUCAACUCCUCCAGCAGCGGGGGCGAUCAGGACUAUGAUUACCUCAAUGACUGGGGUCCAAGGUUCAGGAAACUGGCAGACAUGUACGGUGGAUGUGACGACUAAUGGGUGGCUGGAAGGGUGAGAGUGGGGGUUGCCGUGGGCAGGGGUGAGCAGGCAAAAUGGAAGUCGCACUUUUUUUUACGGGACAAGUACAGCCUCUAAAGAAAAGAUAUUUCACGAAGAGUGAACAAAAAGAAACAACGAUAAUGAACAACCACAAAAGCAGCAACAAUGACAACAGCAAAAACUCUGGCUUAAUGAUUUAGUCUCCUUGCAGAUGUGCUUGUCGAGGGCUUCAGUAUAGACCAGCCUCAGCCGAGAAGGAUCACUGGCAAAACCAACACCGACUGAGUUAUUGAGGUUAAGAGAGCUAAGUUACACUUGAAUUUCACAGUACAGAAGCACUGGGAUUUUAUGUGCCUUUUUGUACAUUUUUGGAUCCGAAUAAUUAGUUUUACGUUAAAGGCUUUAACGGUACUGACUUUUGGAGUGAUUUCGAUAAUUACGAAAGUAUGUCAAACUAUGGUAUGCUCCUACAUGCUUUUUUAAUUUCACCAUCCUGUCUUCUGUCGGAUACAGUUACUUAAGUGAAUAAUAGAGACAAAAUAAAUGAAAGUAUCUUUGUUAGUUUGGAUGGGCAGAAACAAAUGGGAACAGAAGUGUACAGUGCCCUAGUCUUUUAGAUAGAAUUUUUCACUAAAAACAUUAAACUUAUGCAGCUGGUUGCAGAUAAAGGGAGUCAUGAAUCAUUCUGUAGCGGAAAUAAAUUUUUGUUUCUUUGAAGUGAUAUAGUACAUUUCAGAAACAUUAAAUUUGUCCUAAUCCAUGUACACUUUAUUUGCCUUAGUCAUACUCUGAUUUAAUUUUUACGCCACUGUAAAAAUAAUGUGUACAUAUUUUUUUUCCUUCAGUUUUUUUUUGGCUUAGUCUACAAUGAAUGAAGUUCCAAACUUGUAUAUGUAUAAUUUGAACUAAAGUUGAAGUUUUUUUUUUUUUUUGCAUGUUUUUUUCAUUAUGAAAAGGUAUUUCCAAAAUUUAUUUACAAAAUGAAAUGACAUUUACAGAACUGGGUGAGUUGCAGCUAUGAGAGAGAGCGAGAGAGAGCGUUUUGUAAAAAAAAAAAAUAAUAAUAAUAAAAUAAAAAAAAAAUAAAAAAAUAAAAAAUAGAAAAAAAUCUUAUCAGCACAACUGUUUCAAUUCAUACCAAAAAAAAUGAAAAAAAAAGAGAACUGGGGAAUAGGUAUGUCGUGACACAUGAAGCACUAACACCAGAAACAGCUUUAAGACUUUAAGAUGGUUUUUGUCAGUAGCUUUGUGGAAACUAUGUACCAGGCCUCAAAUGAUACUCUGACCCCAAGAAUCUGAAUAAAAUGUUAAUUUUGGAGCUA